CAGCCACCGUACACGAUGGUUCUAUCAGAAACUGCAACCCAUAUGGACGCCUCUGUCCAUUCAACAUUCGCCUCUCGCUAUGUCCGCACAUCCCUUCCCAGGUUCAAGAUGGGGGAGAAUUCGAUCCCAAAGGAAGCUGCGUAUCAGAUCAUAAACGAUGAGUUGAUGCUUGAUGGUAACCCUAGGCUGAAUCUUGCAUCAUUCGUCACCACAUGGAUGGAACCAGAAUGCGACAAACUCAUCAUGGCUUCAAUUAACAAAAACUACGUCGACAUGGAUGAAUAUCCUGUCACCACUGAGCUCCAGAACCGUUGUGUUAAUAUGAUAGCUCAUCUUUUCAAUGCACCACUGGAAGACUCAGAACCUGCAGUUGGUGUUGGCACUGUUGGCUCAUCAGAGGCCAUAAUGUUAGCUGGAUUGGCAUUCAAGAGGAAGUGGCAAAACAGAAGGAAAAGUGAAGGGAAGUCUUGUGAAAAUCCCAACAUUGUCACUGGUGCCAAUGUUCAGGUUUGCUGGGAGAAAUUCGCAAGGUACUUCGAGGUGGAACUGAAAGAGGUGAAGCUGAGGGAUGGAUACUAUGUAAUGGACCCUGAAAAAGCUGCGGAAAUGGUGGACGAGAACACUAUCUGUGUUGCUGCUAUUCUUGGUUCCACGCUAAAUGGAGAAUUCGAAGAUGUCAAGCGCUUAAACGAUCUCCUAGUUGAAAAAAAUGCCGAAACUGGUUGGGACACUCCAAUUCAUGUGGAUGCAGCAAGUGGUGGAUUCAUUGCACCAUUUCUUUAUCCAGAGCUUGUGUGGGACUUUCGUUUAUCACUUGUGAAGAGUAUUAAUGUUAGUGGACACAAAUAUGGUCUAGUCUAUGCUGGUAUUGGUUGGAUUAUCUGGAGAAGCAAAGAAGACCUUCCUGAGGAACUCAUUUUCCACAUUAACUACCUUGGAGCUGACCAACCAACCUUCACUCUCAACUUCUCCAAAGGUUCUAGCCAAGUUAUUGCUCAGUACUACCAACUGAUUCGUUUGGGUUAUGAGGGAUAUAGAAAUGUGAUGGAAAACUGUAGAGACAACAUGAUGGUGCUUAAGGAUGGGCUCGAGAAAACAGAGCGGUUUGAGAUUGUAUCCAAAGAUGAAGGCGUACCAUUAGUGGCUUUCACUUUGAAGGACCACAAUAACUUUAACGAAUUCCAAAUCUCUGAUAUGCUGAAGCGCCAUGGUUGGAUAAUUCCGGCAUACACCAUGCCACCGGAUGCAGAACACGUGACAGUGCUCCGUGUUGUGAUCAGGGAGGACUUCUCGCGCACCUUUGCAGAGCGUCUUGUCAUUGACAUCACCAGGGUGAUCCACGAGCUGGAUUUGGUUCCUUCGAGGGUAGUCAGUACAAACACCAUAACAGUUACUGGUGGAGAAGAAGAUGCAGACAAUGAUGGCACAGUAACGAUUGCUAACCAGAGUGUACUGGAGACUCAAAGGAAAAUCACUACAGCUUGGAAGAAAUUUGUGAUGAACAGGAAGAAGACAAAUGGUGUUUGUUAGAGCCUUUUUUUGGAUAAUUUUGAAGCUAAAUAAGAGUGAGUUUAUGUAUUUUUUAUACAUGAAUAAAUUAGGCAGUAUAUUUGAGUAACUCAAGCCAUUUCUCUAAUUCAGAUUUUGAUUGAGGUGAAAACAAGCUAUAUAUGUAUGCUCUCAACUACAAGUUAUUAUUAAUAUAUUCCCAAAAUAUUGUUUGAA